UUCUGAGACAGAAGAAAUCAGAAGCCGCAAAAAAAAUAGAAAAGAAAAGAAAAGAAGAGAAGAGAAAGGGAAAAGGGAAAAGGAAAAUCCAACCAUGUGCUGCGACUGCGAGUGCCGGCCUUUAGGAUGGCUCCUCGGCCUCCCCUUCGCCUUCCUCUCUCUCCUCAUCUCCAUCGUCGGCGUCCUCAUCUGGAUCGUCGGGUUGCUGCUUUCUUGCGUUUGCCCUUGCUGCCUGUGCGUGACGGUGCUGGUCGAGAUCGCGAUCGAGCUCAUCAAGGCGCCCAUCCACGUCAUGAAGUGGUUCACCGAGCAGAUCCCUUGCUAGCUGGUCCGUUCGAGUACGAAAAGCUCCGUACCUUUGAAUUCGUUCGUGAUUCUUAAUUACUUCUUGAACUCCUUAACAGUGGAUUUGAUUGUUGUGUAAUAUUGAGGGAUGGGUGUUCUCGCGAUAUAAAAAAAAGACGUGGUCCGUCUUUUCCCUGUUGAUCCGUAUUGGGAAUUGGGAACUUUAUGACCGCCUUUAUUC